AUGUGGAUGAAGUGUCGCAACACGCUCGGCAUUCCAUUGCAAUGUUUGAAAUGGUCGGUGGUAAAUUACGAAACAUUUAUAAAAGCGAGUUGGAACGGCAAACGUAGAUUCAAUAUCAUAUCAACACCACGAAUUAAGAUCAAAUUCCUUUCUGUCACCUUUGAACAGCAUCCCAAUAACCAACUUAAGUCAAUCAAUCAAAUUUCUAAUUCAAAAACUCCGUUACAUAUCGAUACUAACGUUAAAACUGAUGAAAACUCUCAAAAUUAUAAAGAUAUUGAAGCUCUUGAAGAUCAACUUACUGAACUUCAACGUUCUUAUAAUGAAUUAUCUCAAAAUUAUGCAAAAAAAUCAUUUGAACUUGAAAUAUAUCAAAAUAUUUCUAGUGUUAACCGAUUUUCAAUGAUAGACCAAGAGGCAAAACUUUUUGAUGUUGAAAAAUUCAGAGAAGAAAGUAAAAGUUUGAUGCUUAAAUAUAAAGUUUCAAAACUUAUUGAACGUGAAACAACAACUGAAUGUUAUAUUCAAGAUCUUGAAUCUAAACUUAAAAUUGAUUCUAAUGAAUAUAAAAAAGAUCAAGAAACAAUUAUGAUCUCCAAGAAAGUUACACACAAGAAAAACUUAAAAAUGAAGAAAAUCAAAAAAAUGCUCAUGACAGGGAUUAAAGACUGUGAUCGUGGGAUUUCUGAGUUGGAAAAGAAAGUCGAAGAAUUGGUUGAUGAAAUAUCACAUAUUAAACGAUUAAAAAUGGAUUAUAGAACUUACCGUUCAAAUUCACUUGCUUCGGCUUCUUCAACUUCCUCAGAUCAAGAUACUCCUCUUUCUAGUCCACCUGAUUCGAAACUCCAAAGUUUAGAAUCAAAAUUAUAUCUACCUCAAAAAACUCAUGAAAAGACUUUCUCAGAUUAUAGUGAUAUGAAGAAUAUAGAUUCAAAAUCUUUAUUACCUUCCACUCAUGACACUCAUCAUAAAGAUCAAGGUCUUAAUUCUGUUAAAAAAGAAUUUGCUCGUCUUGAAAUUAAUCAUCGGGAAGCUCUUGAAAUUGUUGAAGAACUUCGCGAAGAAAUAAAAAGAAAAGAUGCUCUUGCUAAUGUCAGCCAUUGGAUCAGAAACAAAAGAACAACGAAAAACUUUGGAAGUACUGAGGAACAAUUAGAAGCUACUAUAGAUGAACUUAAAUCUGAAAUGCAAAAAUUACUUGAUGAACAAGCUUUAAAGAAUUCGGAAAUUUCUGAUACUACAUCUGAUAAUAAUGAUAAUAAAUAUGAUCAGGUCAAAGAAAUGCAAUUAACAAUAAAAUCACUUGAAGUUCAAUUAGCGGAAGCUAAACGACAAUUUUAUAUCGCAGAUGCUGCUUCUCGCCACAAAGUCGAAAUACUUUAUGAUAUCGACGACUUAAGUCGUUUCUGUGAUUUUGCCGUCAUUCUAUAUAAACAUGCACCGUGCCGCGGCCUCCUUCCAACAUGGGAAUUUCGACAUCUGAUUUUCGGAAACGCAGGUCAAGGCUCAUCAAGAUCAAAUGAUGGAUUUGAAGUUCAUAAGGAUAACGUUGUUGUGGUGGAAGAAGAGAUAAAUAAAAUGUGCCUGCACAUCGGACUGGUUAAUGAAACGACCAUUCAUUUAAGAUGUGUUAUCAUUCAAUCUUAUAUUGAUUCAAAAGUGCAAGACACUGUUGCUAAAGAUAUGUUGGAUUUAUUAUCACAAUUAUUAGUGCAUCAAAGUGCCUUGCUAGUAAUGUUAUGUUUACCUGAUCCUGAAAUUUGGUUAACUGCUGUAAAUUGUUUUGAUCAAUUAUGUUUGGAAGCUGAACUUACUUCUGAAAAUCUUGUUAAUGAUAUGGAAGCUUCACCAGAGUUUCCAACUUUACAAAUGACUAUCGUUGAUAAUAUAAGCAUUUACAAAGAGUUAUGUACUGUGCCAUAUCCCAUAUCUGGAUUUCUUCAGCACUGGGCGGGUGUUGUGUACAUGAACGAUACGAAACACAAAUCCUCACUUUGGCAAAUUUUCUCUGUUUCACCCAAUGAUUAUUACGUGAUGGUUGAAAAAUAUGUUCAAGAAAUGGUCAACCUUCUCGUGAGCGAUUCUAAUUAUGUCCGUGAAAGUGUUAAGGAAAUUCUUGGUAGUGAAUUAAGCCCUCCGAUCCCAAACGAGAGAUAUACAUUAUUCGUCGACCAAGCGAUAUUAGGUUUAAAAUUAACAUUGAAAAGGAUAGAUGAUUUAUCUGAAAAUUUAUAUGCAUGUAAUUUUGGGAAUUUGGUGUAUACUUGUAGAAUUAUUAAUAGAAAAAAUGAUUAUGUGAGUAUGAGGAUGGAAAUUAAAUUAAGGAAUAGAUUAUUGGAGAUCAUUACUGAAUGGACUUCUGAUUACAAUGUGAAACCGGACAGCCAGAAUGAUUCUGAACAAGGCAUGGGUGGUGGUGCUAACAGAAAUGAACGCUUUGAUGUUGAAGAAAUGUAG